AUGGCCACUCCCGACCUCGCCAAGCCGGCGUCCACGACGCAGGGCACCGCGAAGCCCUCCUCGAAGGCGGACCCGAUCCUGCUCUCGCUCUUCGCGAACCGGUUCAUGUCUAUCGCGGAGGCUAUGGGUCGUGCACUCUGUUCGUCUGAUCCUUCCGCCGUCCCUCAGUUUCGCCUCCGACUCACCCUCUCGCGCCUACAGAUCUUCGCCCCGAACGGAGACCUCAUCGCCAACGCACCUCACCUGCCCGUCCACCUUGGAUCGAUGAGUUUCGCGGUCCGGUACCAGCAGAACUUCUACAAGGACGACCUGCACGAGGGGGACGUCAUCCUGACCAACCAUCCUGUCGCUGGCGGAAGCCACUUGCCAGACGCCACUAUAAUAACUCCCGUCUUCCAGGACGGCCAGAUCGUCUUCUUCACCGCUUCGCGCGGACAUCAUGCCGACAUUGGCGGUUUGCUACCAGGAUCUAUGCCUCCAAACAGCAAGACCAUCUUCGACGAGGGUGCACAGAUCAAGUCUUUCAAGAUCGUCGAGCGCGGCAAGUUCCAGCGGGAGGAGCUCUACCGCCUAAUGGUUGAGGAGCCGGCCAAGUACGAGGGAUGCUCGGGCUCGAGGUGCUUCAGCGACGUCGAGUCGGACUUGCGGGCGCAGAUUGCGGCGAACGAGAAGGGUCGCGCGCUGAUCAACCUCCUCAACGAGGAGUACGGGCUCGAGACGGUCCAGGAGUACAUGCUGCACAUCCGCGAUAAUGCCGAGCUCGCCGUCCGCAACCUCCUCAAAGAAGUCUGCCGACGACAGGGCACGAACGAGCUCUCCGCAGUCGACUACCUCGACGACGGGACGCCCAUCGCGCUGAACGUCACGAUCGACGAGAAGGAAGGCAGCGCCGUCUUCGACUUCGAAGGCACCGGUCCCGAGAUCUACGGCAACCUCAAUGCGCCUGUCAGCGUCACCUACAGCGCUAUCAUCUACUGCUUGCGUGCGAUGGUCGACCAGGACAUCCCCCUUAACCAGGGCUGCCUCGUACCUAUCCAGGUCAAGCUCCCACCAGGCUCGUGCCUCAGCCCAUCCGACACGGCAGCCGUUGUCGCAGGGAAUGUCUGCGUCUCGCAGCGCAUCACAGACGUCGUGCUCAAAGCGUUCGAGGCGGCCGCAGCGAGUCAGGGCGACUGCAACAACUUGACGUUCGGAUCAACUUCAUUCGGAUACUACGAAACUAUCGCCGGAGGCUCCGGCGCUGGACCGACGUGGGAAGGCACCUCGGGCGUCCACACGCACAUGACCAACACGCGUAUCACCGACCCGGAAAUCCUCGAGCGCCGCUAUCCGACUAUCCUCCACCAGUUUUCUAUUCGACAAGGAUCUGGAGGGGACGGGCAACAUCGGGGUGGAGAUGGCGUCGUGCGCGAGAUCGAGUUCCUCGAGCCCAUCCAGUGCUCGAUCCUCUCCGAGCGCCGCGUCUUCCGUCCCUACGGCAUGAAGGGCGGCGAGCCCGGCACGAGCGGCAAGAACCUGUGGCUCAAACUGCCGCGCGUCGAGGACGGCGACCUCCCUCGCGAGAAGGAGAACACGGACGCGGCUCGCCAGCCUCGCACGAUCAACCUCGGCGGCAAGGCGACUGUCAGGAUGGGCACGGGCGACAGGAUCGUCAUCAACACGCCUGGCGGAGGCGGGUGGGGCAAGGUUGGCGAGGAGAAGCGGAUCAAGGGGGACGAGGGACAGAAGCACGGUCGACACGAUGCUCGCGGGAGCGUCUUUGAGCGGUCGCAGGCGCAGGAGGGAGUGUAA